AUGGCUCGUUACUCAUCGGAAGAUGGGCACGCGCCAGCUAACUCGACGGUGGUGGCCAUUGACAAAGACAAGAACAGUCACUACGCUGUUCGUUGGGCCGUAGAUCAUCUCUUCAAUAUGAUCAACAACCCCAACAUGAUUCUUGUCCAUGUUCGUCAUAAAAGUUCUAACCAUGGAGGAGACGAAGAUUUGAAUCAGCUUUUUGUUCCGUACAGAGGUUAUUGCGCACGUAAAGGGAUUUCAAUGAUGGAGGUUAUUCUAGAAGAUACCGACAUUGCGAGAGCAAUACUUGAGUACGUCAACAAGAACCUUGUGAGCAACAUCGUGAUGGGAUCAUCAUCAUCCUCAAAGAACCCAUUUGCAAGAUCUCUCAAGUUCACUAAAUCAUCCCAUGACCUUGCAGCUUCCAUCCUCAAAUCAACGCCUGAUUUUUGUUCCGUCUACGUUAUCUCUAAAGGAAAAGUUCACUCUUCACGAGCUGCUCAAAGAACUAUCACCAAUACACUUGUCCCACCUCGUGCACCUUCAUCUACUUUUCAUCUCCAGAACCUACCUGACCCUGACCAAGAUCCCUUACCUAGGAGCCAGAGGAAUUCAAGAAACACAACACCAGAGAGGUAUCAUUAUGAUAAUGGCGUCAAGGCUGUGAGGGAAAGGCGCAGAAGUGCUGCAAAUAGAUCAUUGGACUUUAAUUAUGACUUUAAGCAGGCAAAUGGUCAAAGGAACCCUGUGGGAGGACGUGAUUCAUUUUCUGAUGAGUCAGAUGGUGGGUCUCUCAUGUUGGGCUCCGUUGAUCUAUCUGCUCAUAAUUUUGAUUUUGUCGGUGCAUCUGGCUCUUCUGAUGAAUCAGCUUCACAAUCCAAUAGAGAUAUUGAAGCUGAGAUGAAGAGGUUAAAACUUGAACUCAGGCAAACCAUGGACAUGUACAGCUCAGCUUGCAAAGAAGCACUUAAUGCAAAAAAGACGGCAAAUGAGCUGAAUAUGUGGAAAAAGGAAGAAGCCAGAAGAUUUGAGGAAGCUAGAAGUGCUGAAGAGGCAGCCUUAGCUGUUGCAGAGAUGGAGAAGGCCAAGUGCAAAGCUGCAAUGCAAGCAGCUGAGAAAGCGCAGAGAAUGGCAGAACUCGAAGGACAGAGAAGGAAGCAAGCAGAGAUGAAAGCAAAAAGAGAAUCACAGGAGAAAGACCGUGCGCUCACUGCUUUGGGACAGAACGAUGUCAGGUACAGAAAAUACUCAAUAGAAGAGAUUGAAGAAGCCACCGAUAGAUUCGCAAGCAACAUGAAAGUAGGAGAAGGAGGAUACGGACCAGUCUACAAAGGCACACUUGAUCACACACCCGUUGCUAUUAAAGUCUUGAGACCUGAUGCUGCUCAAGGAAAGAAACAGUUUCAACAAGAAGUCGAGGUUCUAAGUUGCAUAAGACAUCCUCACAUGGUUCUUCUCCUUGGUGCUUGUCCUGAAUAUGGAUGUUUGGUGUAUGAGUUCAUGGAGAAUGGGAGCUUAGAGGAUAGACUCUUCCGUAGAGGAAACUCACCGCCUCUUUCUUGGAGGAAAAGGUUUCAAAUAGCAGCAGAGAUUGCUACUGCACUUUCCUUCCUUCACCAAACAAAGCCAGAGCCUCUUGUUCACCGUGACCUAAAACCUGCUAAUAUACUCUUAGAUAGAAACUACGUGAGCAAGAUCAGUGACGUUGGGCUAGCUCGGUUAGUCCCUGCAUCAGUGGCUAAUAACGUCACGCAAUACCACAUGACAUCAGCAGCAGGAACGUUCUGUUACAUUGAUCCUGAGUAUCAGCAAACGGGAAAGUUAACCACGAAGUCAGAUAUAUACUCGUUGGGGAUAAUGCUGCUUCAGAUCAUCACUGCUAAGAAUCCAAUGGGUUUGGCUCAUCAUGUGUCGAGGGCUAUCGAUAAAGGAACUUUUGAAGAUAUGCUUGACCCGGUUGUGACUGAUUGGCCUGUUGAAGAAGCUAUAAAUUUUGCUAAGCUGUGUCUGAAAUGUGCAGAGCUAAGGAAGAGAGAUAGACCAGAUCUUGGAAAGGAUAUAGUUCCAGAGCUUGUCCGGUUAAGAAACUUGGGUAUGAACAAUGAGUCAGAAUUAUUAGCGGGGUCUGAAGAUAUAACAUUUCUUAAUUAUUUGAAGACUUCUAUAUAUGAGGAAACAAUAGAGAGAUUGCUUGCUUCUCAAGAAAGAAAGUGGUAAGUGAAGUGCCUUGCAGAGAUGGCUUAACUAAAAUAUAACCCUUGUCAAUAUUAUAUAUGUAUCUGUAACAAAAUACUUCCACCUUUC